AUGUUAGGAAGCCGUUCGGUGGUGGCAGACGUCCUGCGGGCUGCCUCCACUCCCACUAACUACGAGGGAACUAGUGAACCACGACCCCGUCAUCGCCUGACCCUCGCUUUCCCCCACAUCCGCACGCCAUGCCUGCUGACCGUGCGCCGUGACUCACUACCAAGGUCUCCGGUCGGCCAUCGUAAACUCGGCGUUCCGAACAAGAUCCCGGGACAGCGCCAGGUAUCCGGCCGAUAG